CUGCUGGGCGUCAGCGAGUCGAAAGGCAUUGCUGGGGGGAGCAGCGCUGGCGUCGGUGGCCGUCACCAUCGUUGUCUUUCUCUUCGGCUUUGGAGGUCUCCUCGCCGUGUGGGGAGGCGUGUGGCAGCCGAACGAGGAUUUCACCAACACCAACACCAUCCUCUUCUCGCUCUUCAACGACACCACGUGGAUCCUAGUCAUCGCCACCGUGCUCGCUGUCCCGAACGAGGAUUUCACCAACACCAACACCAUCCUCUUCUCGCUCUUCAACGACACCACAUCGGUAAUCCCGGUGAUGGCGGGUGUGAUCCCCGGGAAGUGGUCCCGCUGGGCUAUCACGCCAUUCUCCGUGGGCUUCGGUUGCCUGUCUGGGAUCGCUUCUCUCUUCAUCUGGACGCAGAUCUACUCGGUCAAGUACGACAUGUCGUAUUCUGAUUCGCUCUACCAGGUGUUUCUAUACGCGUACGACUACCCUCCCUUCCUCAUGGCUCUCGGGUUCUCGGUUGCGGGGAUGGUGGUGGGAGCGGGGUGUGAGGCUGUGGCAAGGGUUGUGCUCAAGAAGGAGUACCCCGAGUUUGACCUGGGUUCGGAGGAGUUGCCGGAGGUGCAGGGCGGUGAGAUGGUGGAUGCAGGCAUGGAGAAGCUGGGUAUGGGUGAUGGUGACAGUGCUGGUGUGCCUAUGGUUUCUAACUCUUGA